AAAAAUGCAACAAGGAGCAGUCGUCAUAUGGGACACCGGAAAUCAAACAGAUCAUGUGCUGGACCAGUACAAAGCUUUCAACUGAAUGUUCAGAAAGAAUAGAUUGAGGAGCAUGCAUGAACUGGCAGAACAGAUAUCUCCAUCUCAGGGGCCACUCUAUAUGCUUCUUAUCAUUAGGAUAUAAAUCAAGCAGGUACCCGAAUAAUCAAUUGGUUUUCGUCUAAAAUGAAUAAUGAAUUGCUAUCUCAUUGUGCAAUCAAAGAGAAAUGGACCCAAUUUACAGGUGGUCCUCUUAGUCAUCAGCCACUAACUGAAACAUGUCAGCAUGGCAGCAAACUGUGAUGUCUAAGCACCCUACACUGAUAUUACAAUCCCCAGCAAGUAGAGCAGAGAGAUGGCCCCAGAGGAAUCAAAUCAAGAUCACAAUCGCAUAUAUCUUGGCUUUACACUUGCAGUUAGCAUUGCAUGUUCUGAGCUCAUGGUUCUGUCCCUUGCCAACUUGUCAUAAUAGCUGCACCUGAACUAAACUGCAUGAUGCUACUCUUCUCUUCUCCCUCGUCUAUAAAUUCAUCUGCUUAGUAGUUAGCACCACCAUCUCAUCAUCAGUUCACCCACAAGCCAAGCACUACAACACCUAGCUGAAUAUACAACCUGACACAAAAGUUUCUCUGAACUUUCAGCCAAGAAAUUCAGAAGGAGAAGCAACCAUGGUUAGUGCGAAGAGGCUUGCUCAAAUGGCAAAGAAGUGGCAGAGAAUGGCAGCCAUGGGGAGGAAGAGGCUCAAGCGGACGACAUCGACAAGAGCAGCCGACGAGUGCUGCACGACGUCAUCGGUGGCGGUAAAGGGCCACUGCGUCGUGUACACCGCCGACAGGGGUCGGUUUGAGGUGCCGUUACAGUACCUCGGCACGGCCGUCUUUAGUGAGCUCCUGAGGAUGUCUCAGGAGGAAUUUGGUUUCGCAGGCGGCGAUGAUGGCCGGAUCACGCUGCCCUGCGACGCCGCUGUCAUGGAGUACGCCAUGUGCUUGCUCGGGAAAGAUGCCUCCGCGGAAGUCGUGAAGGCCUUCCUGAGCUCCGUCGCGACGCCCUGCUGGUUUGACGGCGGUGUGGUGGCGCCAUGCGUAGGGUUUAACCAGCAUGUAGCCGUUUGCUAGCUUCAGAAGAAUGGCAGCUGCUACUGCUAGGAUCCUUGUUGUAGCCACCGUUUUGGUUCGACGCAAAGUGUAAAUAUGAAGUACUAGUUGGUUAGAAAUGGAACAGUUUUUUAACCGUUGAGGUAUAAAUGAAGGAACCUUCUUUCUCUGUCAGCUUAGCCUUUAUUGGGUGAAUUGGUUCAACCUCAAGGAAAACCACAUGAUCUGGCACCUUCCGCUACAUCGACACGAAGUACCAUAAACGGGGAUGCUCGGCAUGUCAUGCUGCUUCUCAUCACGACCAAGCCACCAAUCACCAAUGGCGCCGUCUUGUCUCCGGAUAGGACUUGCUUAGAGAUUUUUUUUUCCUUAUUUUUAUGUAAUAAAGUGGCACAUUUGGUA